CAAAGGAAAACUCAGGCGGCAUUUAAUCGAAUGAAUUUAAAUUAAAUGCUCGAAGAAACGGCUGUGAGAAGAAAUCGUAAAGCUAGAAUAUCGCAAUAAGAACGAAUCCAAUACAAAUUGGAACAUUCUCGGCAAUUGGGAAAGUUACUUUCAUAACUGAGCCAAAGUCAGUAUUAGCCAGGCCAGGCCAGGUAUAUACUGCGGCGCAUGCGUAACUAAAAAAUUCUUUCGCCAAGUGACACAAUUUCACAAAACUCACAAAUCCACAAAUUCACAUAUUUUACGCUAUUGUGUUAAAUUAAACGAUUCGGAAAAAAACGUCUACACAAACUUCUAUACAAAAUAGAAGUAAUAUUCCCAAAAAAGAUAAAAGUUGAAAGCUGAAAGCUGAAAGCUGAAUUUUUUGUUUACACAUUCGAACGCCCGCAGCAUGUUUUGGCGGUUCACCAGCAUUUUGGCACUCGCACUACUGUUGGGCGUUGUGCCAGCACAAUUGGACGCCUUCGUCACACAAUCAACAGGUUGUCACCACAACGGCACUUGGUACGCUGAUAAAUCGCUUGUUCCCACCACGGAAAAAUGUCUUAACUGUCAGUGUAACAAAAAAACGUUGACGUGCCGUUUGAAAGUGUGCCCCGAAAUGCCAAUGCCACCACCCAGAGGAUGUGUUGUUGUACAGAAGAAGAAUACCUGUUGUCCGUAUCUAUCGUGCGCACGUUUGGAUGCUUUUUACAAUAUACCCAAUACACGCCGCAUAAUCGCAUAUCUGAAUCAUUAUGAGCGGGAGUCAAUAGAUCGAGUUGUCAACGAGAAUGUAUUGCAACGUCGUUCGGAUGACUCAGAAGUGGACUUAUAUGUUUGUGUAAAAAAUGGCACCGUCUAUAAGUCUGGAUCUGCGAUGUCGUCGUCUAAUUUGUGUACCUACUGCUAUUGCAUCGGUGGCACUGAAAAGUGCGUCAAACCCAAAUGCAUGCUACCUGUCGAAGGUUGUAAGCCUAUAUUUGUUGAUUCAACUUGUUGUCCCGUACGUUACGAUUGUAGCACAAAGACAUUUGGAAAAUCCUCACAAGAAGUAAAUUAUCGCAAAACAUCGAACAAACAUUUCCUACGAAUGUCACAACGACUCCAAAGAAAUCGUGGUUGUACUGUAAACAAGCAAUUUUAUGCAGAAGGACAGAAAAUGAAAUCCGAUCCCGACAAGCCAUGUGAUAUUUGUUUCUGCAUACGUGGCAAUAGACGUUGCGCCCCAAAGAAAUGCUCACCGGCACUAAAAAAUUGCAUACCAGUUGUACCGAAAGGGCAAUGUUGUCCCUCCAGUUACGACUGUGGUAGUCAAAGAGACUAUAGACGUGCACAAAACUCUCGGCAAUUCAAUUUUCUUUCUCUUUUAUUUGGUAAAGAUGAAGGCAUCGAAUCGAAUUCCACAGAAAUCGCAGUGCAGUAUCCACAUGACAGACAACCACCAGAAAUAAACGAAAAUAAUGUACCUAUCGUAAGCACUACAAGUGAGAGAAGUAUUUUUGACACAAUAAGAGAAGGUUUGGAAUUCAUUGAUGGAAAUAAUAAUCAAAUGCUAACUGACAAUAUUGAUCUAUUGGGCAUACAAACUGCGAUGUCGUCACCAAAAAUAGAAACAAGCACACCCUCGUCAACAAGUUUUAGUUCUACAACAGAAGUAAGCUUUUUAGACUUACUUUUAGGGCCUACUGAUGAUUUAAACGGUGUUGUUAACAAUUUAGAUGCCGCUAUGCCACAGUUGAAAACUACUACAAAAUAUCCGGGUUUAUCAUGGGUUGAUUUAUUGCUUGGUUCCGACGAAGAUGAUAAUAAGAAUAAUUUAGGGACAACAAAUACUGAUACAAUGGAUGCAACAGAAGCCACAACCUUUUUCCAUUCGAAAGAGGAUACAACUAAUAUUGACCGAAUGGAUGAAGAUUUCGAUGAUUUUUCUGGUAGUGGGGAGUUGCUUAUAACAGAUAUACCUGUAACGACAGAGUCAAUUGAAAAAUUCAGCACCGUCGCUGAAACGAAUUUAGUUAAAACUUCUACAGAAGCGAUUAAGCUGUUUGAAAAGAAUGUUGCAGAUAAUAUAGUGCUGAGAACAGAAGAAAGCACUACAGAAUUACCGAAAAUAAAACCACAAGCAGUGAAAAUCUCGAUUACUCCUGAGCCGAAAGACUUCUCGCAUCCUGUCGAAAAAAGACAUUGUGAAUUUUAUAAGGUUAGAUAUGGCUUCUUGCCACCAAAUGAAGUUAAAGAUUGUAAUGGCGAGAAAAAAAUCGAAAAGGUAGAAUCGAAUAAAGAAAAAGAGGAACAAGAGUUCAAAAAUCAAGUUGCUGCUACUUUAGGUAUUGCCGAUCUGCAUUAUAGCAAGAAUACCGCACAACAAAGAGUAUGGGCACCGUUUGCUCCAAUGGGUCUUUUAACAAAAAGAGACUUUGUGCCACCACAGGAAGAAAAGUCUCCGGCAGAAGAAGCAGAAUAUCAACGAAUUCAAGAUUGUAUGCUACAAAUGUAUAAGAAUAGGCAUAAGGCGCUAGAAGUGAAAGAACGCGUAUUACCAAAAUAUAUUACCUCAUAUCAAGUUGAUUAUGGUCCUGCGAAAAUUAUCAUUCCAUGUGAUAAGAAAAAUGUGAAAAAGGCUGUAGUUUUGAGUAAAAGACAAAGAGCUUUAAAUGAUCUAAUUGAAAAACAGAAGAAAGUUUUUAAUUUUAAUGAAUCCGGCUAUGAGCCAUUUAAUUUGGCUUUCGUUGAUAGUUCCGGAUUCGGUCCUUAUACUGGGAGCACAUAUUGGGGUUACAAAAAGUUUUCGAAGGAUCCUAUAAUAAAUCUUAGAAGAAGCCCCACUGGAUAUCCUAAUCUGUAUUCAGGCGGAGCCGGUGGAGGUUCAAUUCCUAAAAUUCAAUUACAAGACGAAUACGGAAGAAUUGGCCCAUGUCCGGAGGAAGUCAAUGAAUUACCAUGUCCACCCAAAAAUCGAUCAUUUCAAUCACCAUGCCCAGCACAAGCUUCGUCAAAUUUGUUACAAGUUCCAUCAAUUCGACCGCCACGUCGCCCACAAAGUUCUUCUCGUCGAUCACCACGUCCAAUUCAAAGUUCACCGAACGUUUCGCCAUGUCCAGCACAAGGUUCAACACAAACAGUAAGUUCAUGA